ACUACACACUCCGGAAAUCCUCAUCAACCUUCUGACUUCCCCCGACAUACACGAUGGCUUCUGCAAAUGAUGCUCCAGCAGCUGGCAAGCUUUGGGGUGGUCGCUUCACCGGCGGGACAGAUCCAAUCAUGGUCCAGUACAACGAGUCAAUCUACUUCGAUCGCGCCUUCUACUCGCAGGACAUCCGUGGCAGCAUAGCAUACGCCAGAGCCAACAAGAACGGCGGUCUACUCACAGAUCAUGAGUUUGCUGAGAUUGAACGUGGCUUCGGACUGGUCAUGAAGGAAUGGCAAGACAACAAGUUCGAAAUCCAGCCCGGCGUCGAUGAAGACAUUCACACGGCAAACGAGAGAAGGCUUGGCGAGAUCAUUGGCAAGGAAAUCGCGGGUAAGCUGCAUACCGGACGCAGCCGCAAUGACCAAGUCGCAACUGAUAUGCGAUUGUGGCUCCGUGACCAGCUCGACAAUCUGGAGGGCUUCCUCGUAGCUUUCCUCAAGGUGAUCGCUGCCAGAGCUGAGAAGGACAUCGAACAUGUCAUGCCUGGAUACACUCAUUUACAACGAGCUCAGCCCAUUCGAUGGAGUCACUGGAUGCUACUUUACGGAUCCUUCUUCGCCUCCGACCUUGAGAGACUGCGUGAGGUCAAGGCCCGUGUGAAUCGAAGCCCGCUCGGAUGUGGAGCCCUCGCUGGAAAUCCUUUCAACAUUGACCGAGAUGCCAUUGCCAAGGAGUUGGGCUUUGACGGCCUCAUCAUGAACUCAAUGGCCGGCGUGGGUGAUCGUGACUUUGUGGUCGAGUUCAUGCAAUGGGGUACUAUGCUCAUGACGCAUCUUUCUCGCUGGGCCGAAGACCUCAUCAUUUACUCCACGGGAGAAUUUGCAUUUGUGAAGCUUGCGGACACUUACUCCACCGGCUCUUCGCUUAUGCCACAGAAGAAGAACCCUGACUCACUGGAAUUGAUUCGAGGAAAGUCGGGACGUGCAUUCGGACACAUGGCGGGACUCAUGAUGAGCAUCAAAGGCAUUCCGUCCACCUACAACAAAGAUCUUCAGGAGUCAGUCGAACCCAUGCUCGACCAUGUGAAGACUGUUGGCGAUAGCAUUCAGAUCGCUACUGGAGUUCUGUCUACGCUUGCCAUCAACCCGGAGAACAUGAUCAAGUCACUGUCUCCAGAUAUGCUCGCUACCGACCUGGCAGACUAUCUCGUACGCAAGGGCGUGCCGUUCAGAGAGACACACCACAUUUCUGGUCGAGUGGUGGCUUUGUCGGAGAGCGAGGGCAAGCCCAUGGAUACGUUGACAUUCGAGCAAUUGCGAAGCGUCGACAGUCGUUUUGAGAAGGAUGUUCUCGGAGUGUUCGACUACCAAAAGAGUGUGGAAAUGAGGUCGGCCAAGGGAGGCACAAGUCGAAGCGCUGUGAUGGAACAGAUCGAAGCAGUGAAGAAGAUCCUGGCGGUGGAUGCGUGA